GCAGAAGCUAACAAAAGCGGGGACAAAAUCUGAAAACGACGGAGAAAAUGGAUGGAACCCACCCACACCGCACCGCACCCACUCGUAACCUAAACAAUCAAAAUUCUUACACUUGAAGCCCUAAUUAUCAACUUCAGUUCACUUGAUCGGAAGGAAGCAAUAACAUCUCAAUCAUCCAUGGCUGAUGAUGCCGCAAGCACCAGCACCAUUACUAGUAGAAUCAACACCUCCAUAACCGACAUAUCACAUGACCAUCUCUUCUCCAUCCUUCUGCUCCUACCUCUGGAAUCCAUCCUGUCGUUUGCCAUGACCUGUAAGAAAACUACUCGCCUAACUCAAUCCCAUACUCUCUGGAAAUCCAUCUGCACCAGGGAUUGGGGUCACUCCACCGUCGAUGCCCUCGUCAAUUCUUCCUCAUCUCCUCUUUCUAUCGACUGGAAGAGACUCUAUCAGCGUCUCCGUAACCUUGAUCGGGUCGCCUGCUAUACGCUCACAGAUUCGGAGACUUCCCCUGGUCCUAGAGCUUCUCAUUCUCUCAAUUUUUUCUCCGGAUGUCUCGUUCUCUUCGGUGGCGGAUCCGAAGGAGGACGCCAUCUUGAUGACACAUGGGUAGCCUACAUAGGAAACAGCUUUAGAAGAAAGAUGAACUGGCAAAGAGUAAUAUCAGAAGGCCCAAGUGGGCGAUUUGGUCAUUCAUGUGUUGUUAUAGGCAAUUGUCUUGUCCUCUUUGGAGGCAUCAACGAUAGUGGAAUCCGUCAAAACGAUACAUGGAUGGCUCAAGUAGAAACCACCACUGGUGCAUUAUCAUGGAGACUACUCGAUGUUGGCCCAAUCACACCUCCAACAAGAGGAGCCCAUGCCUGUUGUCUGAUCGAUAACAGAAGAAUGCUCAUCCAUGGAGGAAUCGGGUUAUCUGGAAUGAGAUUAGGUGACACAUGGGUGUUAGAUUUAUCUGAGAAUCUCUGUUUUGGGACAUGGCAUGAAACAGUGAGUCACCACGACCCUGUUCCCUCACCUCGAUCAGGACACACAUUGACUUACAUUGGAGGAAGUAGGAGUGUUUUGUUUGGAGGUAGAGGGAUUGGUUAUGAAGUGCUUAAUGAUGUAUGGUAUUUUGAUUCGUCUGAAGGGCAUCUAAAAUGGGUACCAAUAGUCUUUGAGCUGAGAAGCAUCCCUAAUGGGCUUUCACUUCCUAGAGUUGGACACUCAGCUACUUUGAUUUUAGGAGGGAGGAUUCUUAUCUAUGGAGGUGAAGAUUCUUACAGACACAGGAAGAAUGACUUUUGGUUGUUGGACAUAAGUCAGGGGUGUAUGUGGAAGAGGCUAAAAUCUGAAGGGUAUCAGCCGAAAAACAGGUCAUUUCAUCGAGCUUGUGCAGAUGAAUCUGGGCGUUAUUUGUAUGUUUUUGGUGGAAUGGUGGAUGGGAUUCUUCAGCCUGCUGAACCUUCUGGACUUAGGUUUGAUGGUGAACUUUUUGUGGUAGAACUUGUAUUGUAAAAUGUAAAUAUUAUUGUAUAAGUCAAAGAGGAGUUUGUAAAUUGAAAGUAAGUUGUAUUGAAUUAAAUUUGAAGGAGGCGUAGGGCAUGCACAUCACUAGAGCCAAAAAUGUUACCAUAUAUAUGCAUAUGCAUAUGCAUAUGCUGAUUGCUUAUAAGGAAGCAACCACAAGUGGGGGGUGGGGUACCUGUGGCUCUAUAGACUAUAGGUGGUCCUAUGUCUGUUUUACCUUCUACAUCCUUCCUAUCCACACUCUCUUUUGCCUAGAAAAAUAUCAAGGGACAUUUCUGCUUCAAAGUUGUAAACAAUUUGUGGUCCUGAAAUCAAGGUAUGGCCUUUUUUUGUCUCCAUCCAUAUGGUUUACUUGAAGAUCUAUUCUUGGAUGUGUAAAACAUGAAUGCUAUGUAGAUUGUAGAGUAACGUUUUGUAUUCAUUAAUCCAAGUAUUUGAUCGUA